GUAGUUGUCAAUGAUCCCCAGACCAGUCUUCCACAAAAUCAACGGCUUCCAUUGCUCGAUCACGCUAUGUUUGAUCUGACUGCCACGUGUACGAUGAUUGCCCCCUGUAUCCGAACCGCCCUCUCUUCUCUCGUUUUCUCGGUCCCCGGUCACGCGCUCUCUCUCUCUGCUCGCAAUCGAUUUCUGUGUUUUUCAGCUCAAGCUUAGUGGAGAGAUGAGAUCGGAUUUUAUAAAUUAGGGUUUCUGUUGAGCAGUUCAGGAGCCACUAAUCGCUGCUGUGCUUAAACUGGAACAUGUAUUUGUCGGAGAAGCCGCGGCCAAUUGACUUCUAUAAAGAAGAAGCUGAGCGAGAUAUGGUGAUCGAAGUCUCCACCAACGGCCCGAUGCCACCUCCACACCACCACCAACAACAUCCGCCGGCGCCGCCGGCUCCCCAGCCGCAGCAGCAGCUGAUGAUUCUUGCCGACAGUAGCGGCGAGGACCACGAAGUCAAGGCCCCGAAGAAGAGGGCGGAGACUUGGGUCCAGGAAGAAACUCGGUGCCUCAUCGGUCUCCGCCGUGAGGUGGACGGUCUCUUCAACACUUCCAAGUCCAACAAGCACUUGUGGGAACAGAUCUCGGCCAAAAUGAGGGAGAAAGGCUUCGAUCGCUCGGCGACCAUGUGUACUGACAAGUGGAGGAACCUUUUGAAGGAGUUCAAGAAGGCUAGGCUUCAAGACAGAAGCACUGCUUCCACCAAAAUGACGUAUUACAAGGAGCUCGAGGAGCUACUCAGAGAUAGGGGCAAGAAUGGUGCCUUCAAGAGUCCCAGUUCUUCCAAAAUUGAUUCCUAUAUCGAAUUUUCAGAUAAAGGUCUUGAGGAUGGCAAUAUCCCAUUUGGAUCAGUGGAAGCUGGUGGCCGGGCAACAGUAAACCUUGAAAGACCUUUAGAUCAUGAUGGUGACCAUCUUGCUAUUACCACGGCUGACGCAGUUGCAGCAACUGGAGUACCCCCUUGGAACUGGAGAGAAACCCCUGCUAAUGGUGGUGACGGUCACUCCGCAUAUGGUGGAAGGGUCAUAACAGUCAAGUGGGGUGAAUACACUAGAAGGAUCGGUAUUGAAGGAACUGCAGAUGCAAUCAAGGAGGCUAUCAAGUCUGCUUUUCGCUUACGAACUAAACGGGCAUUUUGGUUGGAGGAUGAGGACAAUGUGGUUCGGAGUCUAGACAGGGAUAUGCCUUUGGGCAAUUACACUCUUCACCUUGAUGAAGGAAUGUCUAUAAAGAUUUGCCUCUACGACGAGUCUGACCGAUUAUCAGUUCGUACUGAAGACAAAACUUUGUAUACUGAAGAAGAAUUUCGGGAUUUUCUCACCCGGAAUGGCUAUAUAGGCCUGAGGGAAUUGCAUGGCUACAGAACCUUCGAUAAUUUGGAUGAUCUCCGCACUGGUGCAAUGUACCAGGGGGUGAGACUUCUGGGUGAAUAGAGCCAAUUGGCUUUGUCCUUCAUCUUGCCUGCCCGCUCUCUUUUCCAGACCCAGAACAGCCAAAGUGUAGCCACGAACUUGUUCUCUCUUUCUUUUACCUUUUCCUCUUUUAAGUUAUCCUGUAAAUUCCACACCAUCUGAGUUGAAAUCAUCAAUAUAUAUACGAACAUGAACACGAGUUCUCGGCUGUGUUACGGUUC